CGCAUCUCCUGCUAUCGAUUGGCGGCAACACGGAAUGUUCCAACAAUAUUCAAUAAAAUAAUAAUAUUAGCUAAUAUUUCAUUACUACAAAUAUCCACUUAGCUAUCAAAUUGCAUGCAAUAUCCGAGGAAGUGGACAAGGAAAUCAAGACCAUUGGGGUUCUUUUGUGUAUCGAAAGUUGUUUAAUUUAUGGCUGAGAAGGGGAGCGAAGAAAACACGAAGGCGAUCGUGAAGGGGAACACGAAAUCCAGCGAGGAACUGGGGCUACCCGAAGCUUUGGAGGAUUUGAUGGAGCUGGAUCUGGAAGAUCAGGGCGUGGGUGGGAUGAAGUCAAGAGAUAAGGAUAAAUCUAUGGAUUUGGAUAUCUACGGCGAUCUGUACGAGAUGGAGCCUGCAGGUUCAACAAAGCCCAAGGAAAUGGACAGAUCUCUUGAACUGGACAUCUACGAUGAUUUGGACGACUUCCAGAAGGUCGAAGAUCGUAAAACCAAAGAGCUACAAGAAUGGGAAGCCAAAUACGAAAAGGCGCUGGCCGAAAUUGUUGCGCUAAAGGCCGAGAAUAAGGCACUCGGAAAGAAGAUAAAAACCAUGGAGGUUAAUCUGCAGAAUCUACUGGACACCGCCAAGGCGGAGAUUAAGAGAAAAGAGACACUGAUUUCCGAGCUGCGAAACGAAAAGGACGAUGUAUGCUUCCGGCGAAAACGAGCGCGACCAUUUGAACAGCCAGUGGUAAGGGAACCCGAGAGUAAGCGUCCGAAAGAAUUUCAAGCGAAGCCAAUCGAUGCCAAGACGGAUAUGGAAACGGAUAGAAAUCCGUUCAAAACAGCUGCCAAAGACGGCGCUAAAAAGUUCACCGCUAAAAAAGAUGCUAGAAAGACACUGACCACAAAAGAUGACACGAAAAAGUUCACUGCUAAAGAAGAUGCUAGAAAUAUGAUGACCACAAAAGAUGACACUAAAAAAAUCGCUUUAAAAGGUGUUGAAAGUGCGGCGAUAUUCAAUGAUGAUAAUAAGAAGCCAAUCUUAAAAGAAGAUGACCAGAAGUGGUCCUCAAAGGAUGAUGCUACUAAAUCUAUCCCAAGAGAAUAUGACAAGAAAUCGGUCCAAAGAAGCAAGUCCCCCAGGCCGGAAUAUUCCAAGACCACCGAUCGAAAAUCUACUACACAGACUCGUCGUCCAGCAAAUAGACACAGAUCCAGAGAUAGACACCAUAGCCGCAGCCGGAGUCCAAAACAUAGUUCCCGGCGAGAUUACCACAGGAGUGAAGAAAGCAAGUCCAGGCACGCCAAACGCCGUAGCCAUUCCGCAUCGCCCAGCAAGAUACAUUUGUCACGAGAAAGCACCAAAGCCAACACCACACUUACUGGCAAUGAAGCAAAUGACCAACGCAGCAGAAGCCCGAUCCUCGAGUCCACCAAACUGGUAUAUGAGUCCCAACCGUCUAGGAAAGGCGUUUCCAAGCGAAGAGAUGCUGCUUCAGAAACGAAUGCCAAUUGCUCAAGCGAACCAAAGGUACAGACGAAAGAUAUUACUCAACCGAAAGAUGGUUUAAUUUCUGAAGCUUGUAUUCUAAAACAUGAUAUUAUCCCGGGACUUAAUUUAAUUAACCCAGAAUCUGAGGAUGUUUUUAACAACGAAAUAGAGUUGGAUAAACGAGACGAAAAUACCUUUAAAAAGUUCUCGAAUCAUACAAAAGACACACACGCACACGAUCUAUUAAAAAAGACGUCGAAUCAAAAUGUUGUAAUAGUUGAAAAAUGUAAAAAAAUUUCAGCAAAAGAUUGUCCAGCAGAUGCGCAACAGCUAGACCAACUCAAGGAUGCAAGAGAAGCCAACGAGCCACAGGCAAAGUUAGACAAAAAAGAGCCAUUUGCAGUUGAAACUGUUGUGGAAACGGUUAAAAACGAAGAGGGAACCGAUUAUGUAGCAUUAUCAAAGAACAUAACGCCCCUAACUGAUGUGUGUUCUCAGCAUGAUGAGAAUGAGAAGGCGGGCUCAAGAAAGGAGAUCCGAGAACCGAACAUAACGGAUGAAGUAAGCUCAGAAGUCAAGUCCGACGUGGGAGUGAGGAUUAUCGAAGAUAUUCGGUUGCCCAAGAUGGCGAACAUCGACCACUUUGCUGUAAAGGUCGACAAGCAGGACGAGGCGCCAACAGCCGUUACAAAUUCCGCGCCGAAUCAGGAAAACCUAGCCACACAGGACAAAAACAUUGGUUGUGCAGAGAUAAAAGAUCAAACUGCUUUUAGCUCCGCGGACGAAACUCCCAUCAAGUCUACUGUAUUAUACGCCAAGCCCGAUUCAACAAAACUGGAUCACAGCGAUGAACAUGACGAGGUUAUUCUGGAAGCUGAGAUGGACAUGCUGACGAACGAGCAGGAUGCAGCGAGCACAGCAGAUCCAACUUAUCCGAAUAUGCGGAUCGCAGAAGACGCCAUUGAGAUGGCACUGGAGCAAUUGCACCAGCAGUCACCGGACGAAACUGUAGUGACCUCAACGUCGAAUAGAGCUCCGCAGACGCCAAAACAAAGCCUUAUCACGAUUCUCACCCAGUCUCCAAGCCAGCGCUGUCCCAUAAAAACCCAAACAAAGUCAAAGACUGUGUCAUCGAUGGCGACGCCAAAGAAACAGGCCACGGAGAAAACCCCGCUGAAAAAGAGAAAAGUCAACAUGGACAGUGCGCCGCAGGUGCCAGCCGCCAGUUUGGAUGACACCAUCGACGAAACUUUGGGAGACAGCCUACAUGACGAUGGCUCAACUGUGACCAAACGCUGUUCCCUGGGCCACACCGAUUACCAGUACGAACAGAUAAAGGACGAGGUCAUUUUAAGAGUGAAACGGCGGGCUCGCCGACGAAAACCAAUACCUACGGAAAUGCCCACUGCGGCUGCUGACAAACCAAUUUGAAAUAAAUUUGUAAUCGAUUUCAA